AUGGCGUUCCUAUCAGCAAGAUCGGCGAUGCGGGCCCAAGCUUUGCACCCGAACGGAGAGCCGCAUGCCGUCCUCAGCUCCGCCUCAGCUGGGGCAGAAGAUGAUGGCAUUCGCACGCUCACGCUCAACCGCCCAGCAGCAAGGAACGCUAUCAGCCGACGCAUGCUAGAUGAGUUGCUCGAAGCCGUCAAGCAGGUUCGGUUCGAUCGCCAAGCAAGAGCGCUCAUCAUCCGAACGUCCGCUCCCGGCGUUGCCUUCUGCGCCGGUGCAGACCUCAAGGAGCGGAGAAAAUUCUCACCCGCACAGGUUGAUGUAUUUCUUGCUGACCUCCGUACUGCCUUUUCCGGCAUCGAGCGUUUACCGGUUCCGACUAUCGCGGCCAUCGACGGCCUCGCGAUGGGCGGCGGGAUGGAGCUGGCGUUGUGCGCCGACUUGAGAAUUGCAAGCGAGGACGUCAAAGGCCUCGGUCUGACAGAGACAAAGUUGGGCAUCAUCCCAGGGGCCGGCGGCACACAGCGAAUGACCCGCCUGCUCGGACCAUCGCGCACGAAAGACCUAAUCUAUACCGCGCGACUGCUGACAGCAGCACAAGCGCACAACCUCGGUCUUGUGGAUUAUCUCGCGUCAGCCAACAGUGACAACAAUAGUGACGACGUGCAGUGUGGAUCAGCGUACAACAAGGCGUUGGAGAUCGCGCAACAGAUCGCAAAGAAUGGACCGCUCGCUGUGCGCGCAGCCAAACUCGCGAUCGACAAGGGCCAAGCGAUGGACACAGAGACUGGCCUAGACUUUGAGAGAGCCUGCUACAACACAGUGAUGCAUACCAAGGACAGGCUAGAGGGCCUUAAGGCAUUCGCAGAGAAGCGAGCGCCCAAGUACAUUGGAGAAUAG